UGCCACGUGUCUUCCCCUCUAUUUAAACAAGUAUACGACCACAAAUCAAACACACCAAAAAAUGGAGAAUCAUAGAGAAACCACAAACUCCGACGAGCCACCACCGGAUUUUGAGUUCGGAUCGUUGACUCCAACUUCUCCGUCGCAAGACUCUUUCACUGAGAAUUCUCCCGCCGAUCACCUCUUCUUCAACGGCCGUCUCUUGCCACACUCUUUCCCGGCGGCGAGCAGUAUUUAUACAAAGCGGUCAAUCUCGAGUACGACCAGCGAAUACACCUCCCGGAGCAGUAGUACGAACAGCCGAAGUAGUUUUGGGAGUAAUAGCAGCUCAACUUCUCAAUCUCCGAGAACGAGCAGUUGCAACAUUAACAAGAACAACAGCCCCAAUAAUCAAGAGCCACUGGAUUUGAAGCCUCCAAUUAGCAGAUGUGGCAAAACCGUAAAUACGACCAACAACAGCUCGUACUCGUCGCCGCAAUACAAGAGGAGGAAAGCGACGGAGAUGGUGACAGCGUCUCUAUACAGGUCUUAUUCAUCGCAGCGGUGGCAAUAUGUAACUCCGGUACCGGUGAAAAUGAGUGGAGUGAUAAGGGUCGGUGGCCGGAAGAAGAAGGCGGCGAGGGUGAGGAAGGAGACGGAGGAGAGAAGAGGGAGUAGGGUGAUGAAGUUGUGGAGAAAACUUUUAAUGGCGGCAAUUUUUGCUUGUAGAGAGUGUCAUGCAUUGGAGGGAGCUUGAGUGUGAGACUUGUGAUUUUUUUUUUUUUUUUGGCUCAACAGUGAGACUUGUGAAA